AAAUCCAUAUUUACUCUCAAUGAGUUGAUUGGUGGAUUGAUGGCCGAGUCUCUGCUAUAACUGCGUUCCGGGAAUUUUUGAGUCGAAUACAAAUUGCACCAAGGUCUCCAUUACUUCUGUGUUUGAUUUCUUAUUGAUAUGACAUUGAAUGUGACUAGAAGUCACUAGUUUCUCAUAGGAAAUAUUAAAAUACAGCUUAAUACAACAAAUUAAUACCACAAUCGCUAAGCACUUCACAAAUAUUUUUAGCAUAAACAUGCUGUAUUUAAUGUGCUUCAGGGCAGGGUGGGGUUUUCCUAAACGCUGCAUUAAGUGAUCUUUUUUUUUUUCUUUUUGCAUAUAAAAGUUUUUAAGGACAUGUUAGGUCAGAUUUGACAAGGUCCUCAUCCAAUCCUGGAUCCGUGCGCGUUUAGGGGGCGGGGGAAAUCACAUCUUUGGCCUAUCAGGUUGCGCACGUGGCGCUGGAUGUGCAGAUGUUGUGCAACAGCUGGAAGUUCCGCGCUGAGAAGCACGCUGUUCCUCCCGAGAGAGCCAGAGCAGCUAUGAACUGGGAAGAAGGACUGCGGCGCAUGUGCUCGCUUUUCUCGUCCCCGGCACGCGCAGUGAACAAAACAUAACUCUGAUCUCGAUGUUUAGGAAACGCAGCCUGAUGUUGACAGCUGGAUUUUUGUAGCUCGUGUGUGCAGGAAUGGGUUUGUUUUUUUACACAGCUGGACCUGUCAGUCCCACCGAGCCGACUCUCGACGAGCAGGCACAACGAUGUGUUGGCGAGAAUAACCAGAGCUACGUUUGUGAGUCAGGGCACUGCUGUGAAGAGCUGCAGUGCUGCAACUACUAUUACGAGUUAUGGUGGUUCUGGUUGAUGUGUGCUAUUACCUUCAUCCUGACCUGUUGCUGUGUGUGUCAUCACCGCCGCGCCAAGCACAGACUGCAGCAGCAGCAGCGACAGCAUGAGAUCAACCUGAUUGCCUACAGAGAGGCUCGCAACUACACCUCACCUCCAUUCUACUUCAGGUUUCUACCAAGCUAUCUCCUCCCUGACUAUGAGGAUGUGACAAAUCAUCCUCUCACCCCACCACCUCCUUACUCUAAUCUAAACGCUGGACCACCAGCUUGUACCAACAAUGACCAGGAGGAGGCCCAAUGUCCAUCCAGACAGGCCACUCCCGUUCCCACAGUGUCAACAGCACUGUGCUCCAGUCCUGACAUAGUGGAGCUUGAGAACUCCAGGGAGAACCAGAACAGAGAUAAUGGGAAAGACAGGGAGACCAUGUUAAAGCAGGACAUGGAUCACAAGGACCAGGAACAGUGUGUGGAAGUACCCGAAGAGAAGACGGAUGAGCUCGUGGGAAGAAGGCGCCACUUUACAGGUGACUCUGGCAUUGAAGUGUGUUUGUGCAGCGGAAGAACUGAAAGCCACAGACCCAGAGUGCUUGAGGAGCUGUUAAGCAAUGAAGACGACGGCAGCUCGAUGGAGUUUUGUGAUGACUGUGGAGCUAGAGAUGAUAAAGAUGGUGAGCAGGGGGUAGAGCUGGAUGCAUCACCACCACCACCACCACAGCUCCAUCCUCUCUGCCUAUCUUUACAUACCAUUAAUGAGCUGGAGGGGCCACAGGAGUGACAGAAUAGAGGGGGAUUAUAUUAAACAUAACGGAAACAGAGACCCAACAGUACACACCAUGUUUUGUGGAUGGUAUAUAGAGUAUGUCUAAGCCUUUUGACACUCUGAUGGUUGAAUGAUUUUUUUGUAGCUACAGCCGUGUUAGGUGGGGAAAAGAGUCGUAGCGGAUCCAGAACCUAUCCUAGAAACACUGGUUUUAAGGUGGGAAUACAUCCUGGAUGGGACACUAGUCCAUCACAAGGCAUCCAACACACAUUCACACACUCAUUAACACUUAGGGGUAAUCUAGAUUAGCCAAUCUAUUUACUGUCAUGGUUUGGGAGGUUGGAAGAAACCAGAGAUAUGAGCAGUGACUUGAGAUAAUGACAAGAUCCAAAGAUCACAUAAGAUCAAUAGAAUUGUUCGGUUUAAUGAGCCCUAUUAUUGUUUUGGUGAGUGCAAAGUUUGAUGUGUGGUCAUUCAUAUGUGGCUGGGAUAAGUUCAAAAAACUUGGGAAGAACUGGCCUAUGGGUGAUAUUUGCAAAGGAUCCUUGGACCCCACAGAUCGCCCCUUGUAGUUAUAUUGAUUGAUAUGCUGAUUUUCGUCAAGCUUUGUCAUUGGGGCUAGUUUGAGUAAUUCAAGCCAUAAAGUGUUUUACAUGAAAGCUUUUACUUUAAAGGAGACCUAUUUUAAGCCUUUUUACAAGAUGUAAUAUAAGUCUCAGUCGUCCCCAGAACGUGUCUGAAGUUUCAGCUCAAAAUACCCCACGGAUCAUUUAUUUUACCAUGCUGAAAAUGCCACCUUUUUGGGUGGAAGCAAAAACACACUGUUUUCGUGUGCUGUUCCCCGCCCCCUUUCCGGAAGAGGGCUGCGCCUACAGCUCGUGCUUUGGAUACUACAGCAGUUGUGACUUUACAGUUCGUGCUUCGGAUACUAAAAUGAUUCGCCCAAAACGUACACGGUUUUCAAAAAGAUAAUCACCUUACUGUAUUGUGCAUAAUAAAGGUGCGGUUAUGAAUUCUACAGACAGUAAGCGUUUUCAGGUUAAAAAUAAAAAUGACGAAAUAGCUCUGGUCUCCGUGAAUACAUUCAGAAACCAUGGUAGCGUUAGCCGCAUUAGCCGUGGUAUGCGCUAAUAAGCACAUUUGAAAAGGCGAUUUGCAAACAUUCACAAAAUAUAAAGUGCAAUACUUACGUCUUCUGGGUGUGAAGCUGGAUCACGAACAGUUGGUACUGAUCCAUGCUUGAGAAUCAAGUUUUUAGCAAAUCCUUCUUUGUACUGACCCUCGUUCACAAAGCAGUCUGGUGUAAAAUGAUUUAAGGUAUUUUUUGGGCAGAUUUCCUUCAAAAAUAAAACUUCUCCAUGGUGUCUUUAGAGGCUCUGAUGCUGGGAGUACUCUUAUGUUCAUUCUUACAGCCAACGAGAGAAUACUUACAAAGCUUACUAAGCUGAGACAUUCUUCUCCUCGCUGUAGCUGCUCCAGCAUGGAAAACAUGGUGGACUGUGUGCAGCUCACUCAGGGUAGGAUCUAUACUAAUAGGGCAGAGUCCCUGGGCGGGGCUUGUUCCAACGUGACAUCACGUUGGGGUGAAAAUAAAAACGACUCAUUUUGAGACACUGUUUAUGAUUUAAUGGGAACAUAAAAAAGGAGUGGGUGGAUUUUUAGCACUGUAUGGUGGUUGUGUACACACUCUGCCGACACAGAUUUAUGUUCAAACAACACUUAAAAGUGGAUUUUGCAUAAUAGUUCCCCUAUAGGUAAAUGAUAAGAUACCUUAACGAUGUGUUAGCUAGACUGGCCUCUGCUUUGCACAUUUUUCAAUCUCUCCUGCCAAAAAAGGGGAAAUUGAGAUAGAUUUUUUGCACUAUUUUGCAAAUUAUGGCAAAGUGGCCAAAAAAGUCAAUGAAAGUUAUGAAAGUUGUUUUUGGAAGCCUAAUUUGCUUUUAUUUAACCAGAAUUUGCACAUAAAAAAAUACAACCUGUUUCUGUUUAAUGAUUGGUAGGCAUAGUGAAAUGUAGACAUGCAAAAAACAAACAAAAGCAGACAUGCAAAAAAUUCAACGAAAGUAUUCGACUUAGUAUGAAGUUUAUUAUCUUUUAAUUUAGUGUUAAAUGAAUUAGAAGUAGAUUAGUUUAGAGUGGGGGAAAUAAGUAUUGAACGUGUCAACAUUUUUUUCAGUAACUGUAUUUCCAAUGAGGCUAUUCACAUGAAAUUUUCACCAGACUUUGGUAUUACCUCAAGAAAUCUGGUCAGAGAUAUCGCGAGGAGCUCCUGUACGUGGACGGUUGAUGACGGAGUGAUGUUGCUUCUACUUGUGGAUAAUGGCCCCAAUGGUGUUUACUGGAGGAUUCAGAAGUUUUGAAAUACGUCUGUAUCCGAUUCCAUCAAUAUGUUUAGCAACAAUAAGGUUGCGAAGGUCUUGCGAGAGCUCUUUGCUUUUACCCAUUAUGAGAUGUUUCUUGUGUGACACCUUGGUAACAAAAAGCCUUUUUAUAGACCAUCAAUUUACUAAGCGAAUAUUCAUUUGCACAGAUAGGGGGUAUAAUUAAUUUUAUUAUGAUUAUUACUAUUAUGGAUUUCAGCUGGUUCUUUGCCUUACCUUGCCUUGAACAACUGCUUUUUCUUAGCGUCUUCAAUACUUUUUUCCUGUCAUUCCACUUUAUUAUACAUAACUUUAUUUAUGGACUUUGAUAUUGUGAAUUCUUUAUAUUUUGUGGAUUUCUUGAGUUAAGACUGAAAAUUUCAUGAGAAUAACCUCAUUGGAAAUAUAUUUACUGAAAAAAAUGUUGGCACGUUCAAUACUUAUUUCCCCCACUGUAUAUAUAAAAGACAUUUAGCAGAAUUUGUUGCCCUGCCAAAAUAACUUGACGAUAAUGAUGUUAUAUCUUAAUGUUUUUCAAAUCAAUUGCAGAUCACUUCAUAUUACUGUGACCAUUUUCUGAUUUCAAAAUUAGGAUCACUUUUCAUUGAUUGUGUUUACGUGGUGCCAAUAGAUACUGGCCUUAAAAGCAUUUUUAUGAAACAAACCUUUCAAUAUUAUUAAUAAUCACUUACCCCAACACCUUUUUCAUUUCCACAACAGGGCCACAUAGGUAGUUUUGAUUUUAUAGGUCUAGGCCCAGUCCUUCUUGUAUUCUAUACAGUUCAAACUUUAUAUCCUUGCAGAAUAACUUCAAAUAUUUACAAGCACACUGUUUUCCAAGAUUUAAGAUAUAGUGGUGUACCCUCCAUUAACCACUGUUGGAAAAUGACCGUAGAAGACCCUUCUUUCAAAAGCCUGAAAUACAAGUACAACCCAAAUGUUUUUGGGGGCUCAAACAUACGUGCAACAUGUCCCAGAAAUUGUAUUUUUAGUCUUUUCCUGCCAAAAAAUGCAGUUAUUUAAAAGUCAGAAAUUCAAUUUCUGUUAAUUUCAUGCUUGAUUGCUAUGUAUUGGAAAAAUUUAAUCUGUGGACCUUUGGAUCUUUGGACCAUGUGGAUAAGAAUAUCGACAUUCUGAUUAGAAUUGCUUACACAAUUAAACAAACAAAAAUAAAUCUGUGGAUUGUUUCUAAGCUUCACUGAAGUAGGAAAUGUGUUUUCUUAAUGUCUUGUGAUUUUGGUGGUAACCCUAUUUAUAUUUGUAUCAUACAGUUAAUGUAUCUAAUAUGUAUUUAAUUAUAUUUGUGUGUGUGUGUGUGUGUGUGUGUGUGUGUGUCAGCACACUGAAGCAGCAUUGAGACAGCUUUAAGGACAGGAUAUGGUGGUUGGUGUGGGUUUCUAUAAUUUCUUGCAUUUGUUUUCAUAACUGUUCAAAAAAUUAUUGGCUAGGGAUUUGGUUUUUAUGUUUGACAUCCUUUGCCCGCUUUCCCUAUUAUCAUUUUCUGUUAUUCUACUCUAUUAUUCGUAGAGUGUUGCAUUUAGUAAUUGACCCACAUAGCUAUUACUGUGAUGUAGGUCACAAUCACAAAGAGGAGGUAAGGCAGGAACAGGAAGCGGUCAAUAACGUUCAUGAUCAGCUUCCAGUCAUGCAGUUUGCACUUUCUUCCAUCCUCAGUCAAAUGGUCAGCACAUCUUGGGUCAUUUUCUUCAGCUCAUCCACCACCGCUGCACCCUCCAUCUUCUCCAUUUCUCCAGUCUCAGCAGGUGUCAUUGCUUCACCUGACACGUCCAGCAUCACCGGUGACAUGAAGAACAUGACGAGAUCUCAGAUGAGCUAUCAGUCUAUCUAACAUAAUGUUAAUUAAUGUUUUACUCUGGAACUCUACAGUUGCAGCUAGCAAACACUAGAAUCAACCAUUAAGUUUAUGAAAUAUGAAUGCCAUAUUUAGCGCUUAGAAUGGGCAUCCUGUUAUAGGAAAAUAAUGAAAUGGUGGCGUUAAAAAUUUGCUUUUAAACACCUUCAAACCAAUCAUGUUCAAGAAUUCAACAGCACUGGGGUACAAUUUACUUUAUACUCGGCGCUGUUUAAUUCUCGGUUCUCAUUGGCCAGGAGGUGUUCGUAUUCAUGAAAGUUUUGACAGUAUUGCUGGCAAUUCAGUUCAAUAUACAUAUAUUCUAUAUUAAUGUGCUCAUCCUAAUCCCUUAUAAUUUAUAUAUUAAUAGCUAAUUCACAUGAAGUUACAUCAUUUAAUAAGAAGAAUAAACAUUUGUGUUGCUCUUUAACAACGAUAAUAUAAUUGAUGAUAAGUUGAUGUGGUGACAUGUCAACUUUAUUUAAUGUUUAUGGAAGGAAAAUCUCCAGUAUCAGCUUUUUUCUGUGUCUUAUUAACCUCAAACUGCUGUUAUUGAUAGCAAGGACUUUUUUAUCUUGUUGAUUAAAUGUAACUGUAGACUACUGUACAGAUUACCACCCUGUUGACUAAUUUAAUAUAACAGCAUUCCCCAUUGCUUUUAUUUCUCGUUCUGCAAGUAUUCUUAUUGUAUGUGCUGUAAACCACUAAUCCUUUUACCUUUUGUUUGUGGGUUUAAAGUCACUGUGACCGGAGCAGCAGGACUUUUGGGGAACAUGAACAGGACGUGGAGCCAACGGGGCACUCACUCUGCGGUAAUAUUCUGAGUUGUUACAGAAGUUAACAAUGAACAUUGCCUCCAGAAGGCUGAUCACCAACCUUCUGCAACAAGCUGAGGGAUAAAAAUACAUCUGCAAAGGGAAAGAGAUGUACACAUGAUACAGUAUACAAGAUGUGGGCCAUAUGUAAUACAAUAGUCCAUUACUAUGAUUGUACUUUAAGCUAUAUAUUGGUUAUCUCAGAGAAUCAACAGUAAGCUACACAUUGUAUUAUAACGUAUUACUGUGCAACAGCGCUGUACUUAUAAGGGGUGUGUUUGCAGCACUAUCAGACAGGAGGUCAUUAGUGUUGAUCAGAAAGAGGGUGUAGCCCAGGAUGUGAGUCGUUUUGAUAGCAGAACGAGCAGCAUUAUGAGGAGGCAGGAGGAAGCUGAACAAGUCCAACAGACUCAGGAAGCAGCUAGGGACCAGGAAGUUCACUACAUAGAGACUGGCCUCACGUUUAUGCUCCACAUUUUCUCCACAAUUUCUUUAGUAUUAAGACAUCAUAAAACUGAAGUGAUUUAAAAAAAAAAAAAAAAAAGAGAAAGAAAGAUGCAAGGCAGACAGGUAGAUUCACUUACGCUGUACGUAACAGAAGAAAAAGACCUUUUGCUGGUAAAGAUAGAAUUGGAAACAAGGUGUGUCAAGUUAAC